AUGCUAAUCGUGUUCUGCGCGAGUCUCUUUGUUAAUACAACUCCCGUACUGGACCCAUCAAAGCCUCCAUCAUCAGAGAAAGCUUUCGACAUCUUCAAGUUCGGUCGCGCUGAUGGCACUGUCCUUCUUCCUGCUACUAUUGAUACAUCAUUAUAUCGAGAUCCCUCUGACUUCACUGUAUUAGAAAAACCUGAGAGAAAAGACACCACCUCUAGACUCCAAUCCUCAAGUCUCGCCGAUUGA